GGGAGGGAGAUGGAGAUAUCAUUACCAGGGGAACAAGUUAUGCCUCUCCCCAAGAUGGGCAACAGGAACAAGAAGAACAACCAGAAGAACAAACCUAACGGCUUCAUUUGUUUUGCUAAUGCUCAGAAACCUAAACUUGCUCCGCAGUAUGAUAUCAGAGGUCCCCAGAUGCUUGUGCAGUUGUGUGACCCACUUUGGAGGAAGCUGACCCCGGACGAGAAGAGGAUGUGGAACCAGAAAGCUAAAGAAGAACAUGCCAGACAGCUGGGAAGGAAUGUGAACGGCGGGGACCCGUCUCUCAGGAUGGACUGUAACAGGAAGUAUAUCUCUGAAAGGAAUCAAGCUGAGAAAGCGGAGUCAUCUCGUCGAGAACGGGAGAGGCAGUUGGUCCGUGAUGAGCUAGAACGUUGUGAGGAAGUAAUUGACAAAGAGUUUUAUGUGAUAGACGCUCUGUCAAUAGUGGACUAUCUAGAUGGUGAAUGUGUACCUUGUGAGAUAGCAGUCAUCAAGUGUUCAAUUAGGGGCGGAAUUUUGGGAUUAUAUCAUUUCUUCCCUGAUCCUGGUCCUCUUAGACCUGGUCACUUUGCAGAGGCUCUAGAACGAUGCGAACUAGAGCACGAAAUCAAGCCAAAGGAUUUCCCACUGGCUAGCAGUGACUAUGAGGGAGAUGUCAGCAAGUUGGUAACAUUAAUGAGAGCUAACAACCCCAAAAGACCGCUGGUAUUUGCUCGAUCGAGUGAAGCCAAGAAAGUUGAAAGUUGUUUGGCAUGGCUGGGGUCCAGGGUAGAGCAAGAAUUCAAAGUCAGGGUAUUUGAACUCGAGAGUUUCAUCGAAGAACUAGUAAAAUUUACUAAGAAUACUCCACCGACCUUUGCUCAAAUCAGACGACUCCUCUUCGAAACGAAGUUCGAUUUUGUUCAAGGAAACAGGUGUGACUUUCAUUGCCAAACGAACAAGAUAGCCUGCGCUAUUGGGAACGUCAGAAAAUACUUCUACUUUCUCUCAGAAAUAAUGUACGAUUACUACCAGUAUGAUAUCGCAGAGGGUCACCACUACCCCAGAGGAUUUGAUAAUAGCUGUGCAGCCUCCCGCGCUGCUUCUACGUACAGUGUCAUGUCUUCAGUUGCAGGAGACAGAGAUCAAGACUUUGAGGAUACCACCUCAGUAGCUUCAAGCUUCUCAGUGGGAUCCUAUCAGCAUAAGAGAAAUGUUGAUCCACCCCGGAGACCAACGUACGAUACAGGGUAUUCUGCCAAGCAAAAAAUGGGAGCAGAAACCCCCGAACUUUUGAGUCAAGUUAGCAACUUCAGCAUCGGUUCCAACACCAACUCCUUCGGCUCCGCUAACAGUUUCGUUACAGCCAACACUCACUUUUCCUCCAACCACUCUGAGAACUCCUUCUCCUCGGCUAACUCACCCGGCAACUCUGGAGCCUCUGCCAGCCACUCUCACUCAAACCCCAGACGUCCCAAUAUCCCUUCCAAAGAAGAUUUUACUUACGAUAAGCCGUAUAAUGAGCCCAUCCCCAAGUACAACAACUAUUCCACCCCUGUUAACUCGUUCACCUCUUCUCCCAGUACGGUGAGGUCUAUGUCUCCUCAAUCAGUUUCUAGCCCUCCCCAAUAUCAACAACGUUCAUCCCCCUACAAUCAAUCAUCUCCCUACAAUCCACCAUCUCCCUACAAUCCACCAUCUCCCUACAAUCCACCAUCUCCCUAUAAUCCACCAUCUUCGUUUAAUCAGUCAAAUAACCCACCUAGCACCUCGCCCCAGACUUCACCAUUCAGGCAACCAGGUGGUAUGGCUGGAAGUGCAGCACCCUCUGUGGGAAGGAGCAGGGCCAGGGGCUACAAACCUGAGACUGAGGAUAGGCCAGUAGUUAGUAUGGGACGGGGUCGGGGUCGGGGGACCGGAUCCUUGCCUAGUAGUACUACUGGUAUACCUCGUAGACCUAAGACUGCGUAUGAGUACGGUGUAAAGAGUAAAAAUAGUAAAUAAUAAACUUUAAAUAAAUUAUGUUUUCGAAAGUUGUGCUGUUUGAACCUUGUAACCGAGCGUAAAAGUAAAUGGAUUAAAUUUAGCAAUUGUUUGUUAAUAACCUUUAACACUGGAUAAAUCUGCUGUUUUGCUAUUAUCUCUUCAGAUAUAUGACUUAUAUUAUGGAUUGUUUGAAUUGUUUUGUUCUUAUAAGUUAUGAUGUUAUCAG